AUGAAUCAGGUUAUUUCCGGUAAAACUUCCGAAGAUAAAUUGCAGUUCACGAGUAAUAGUGUUCCCAAGAAAAACAGUCAACCCUUUCAAAAUAAUCUAUUCGACAGAGGUUCACUUUUACCAGACUUUCAAACUUUGCCCCAUUUACUGGAUGUUGUUGUAGCAAAAGAUACAAUUUUUGCUGAUGAUUCCCUGAGAGAUGUUCGGGUAGCAAACCUUGACGCAUCUGACAUCUUAGCAAAGUCAAGUCUAAAUGAUAAAACUACAAUUGAAGAGGAAUCUAAGAAAGCAACCAAUGGCAAGCUUCCAAGAGACAUAGAAGAACGAAAAGUUGAUAAGAAGUCUAUAGCUACUGAAAAUUUAGUAACGCUACCACUAAAUAAAAAGCUACCUCAAGCUGAUAAUUAUAACUUGAAAGAAAAGAUGUAUUUUGUGAGCCCAAACAGAACGAUGAUGGAAAUACGUCGGAUACUACUGAGGCUAGAGAAACAAACAAAUAUUACAUAUUUAAAUUACAAACAAAAAAUGAUGUUUAUAUUCAAGUGUUUGCACUUGUUGUCGCAACAAAACAAACAUCUUACAAACAAGAAUCAAUUAUCAGCAACGUUUCUUAAAGUUUUCUUUCUUAUUUUUCGAAUUCCUACCCUAGAUGAAGAGAAAAGGCACGAAUUAUUCAAAAUUAGCUUGAAUUGUUAUGUAUUUAACUUCAAAAAUUUCACAAGGGCGGACAAAUUCCAGUUCAACCUAAUAUUCGGCAUGAUUUUUGACGUUAUUAUAGUCAAUAAUAAGAAAAAAGGUUCGAAUGGUCAAAGUUAUAUAGGCUACAUCCACAGACAUAAAGUGAAAACUAAGUUAACCAUUAUUGAUAAUAAAGCUGAGGUUCAAGUCCUUUUAUAUUAUUUGCUCCAAUUGUUAUUCCUAGUUGUUGAAUCACAAGAUGGACAAUUCACCUUUAGUAAGUUCUAUUUCGUGGCUAAAUUUCAAAAAAUGCUUGCCUUCCUUAUAUUCAACUCAAAUAUAGAGCUUUUAAGAAUGUUUCAUAAAUAUCGUAAAGCAUUUUACUUGAUCAUAAACAGUAAUGAGAUUCACAACAACAACGUGAAGAAUUAUGGAAAGAAAGAACUAACGCACGAAGGGAAAAAAGAAAGUCAUAAUUAUACAAGUGAAGCUCAAGAAGGUCCUAGCUACUUAAAUUUUGCAUCUUCUCUAACAGGGUCAAAAUAA